CGAACAUUGGGGUCUAAAGUCAGUCACCUUUUUUGGGUUUAUCAUGAAGGUGUUCGUUUGUUUACUGGCGGUGGCCGCAGCCACUAAUUUUGCUCAAGCUGGUUACAUUAGCAGCGGCGGCGGCGGUGGCUAUGGAGGCGGCUCCUCUGGCUGGCUAAGCAGCGGAGGUGGCGGCGGAUAUGGAGGCGGCUCCUCCGGCUGGAUAAGCAGCGGUGGCUGGAAAUCCGGUGGCGGUGGAUUCGGCGGAGGCGGCGGAGGUUACGGAGGAGGCGGGGGCUGGAAGUCUAGCGGCGGUGGAUUCGGAGGAGGCGGCGGCGGUUACGGAGGAGGCGGUGGCUUCGGAGGUGGCGGAAGCACCGUAAAGAUCAUUAAAAUCAUUGUGCCUAGCGGAGGCGGCGGUGGUUACGGAGGAGGCGGCGGCUACGGAGGUGGUGGCGGCGGCGGCGGCUGGAAAUCCGGCGGCGGAGGAGGAGGUGGAUGGAUUGGUGGAGGAGGCGGCGGAUGGAAAUCCGGAGGAGGUGGAUGGAGCAGUGGCGGCGGAGGUGGUGGCUGGUGGUAAAAGCCGCACAUCUUCUGUGUUCAGUGGAAAACGUCUGCUCAGGCAGUGAUUUUACUCACAAUUUUACAUCCAAAACACUGUAUAUAUUUUUGUAAGUUUUAAGUUAAAAUCAUGUAAAUAUAUUUUUAUAAAAAUUAA